ACUACGUCUCUAGCCCAGAACAAUGAUGCCAGUCUAUCGAAACGGACAAACAUCAAUUGCACUGGAGUUCCGCACUGCGGGCAAGCACUUUGAGGUACCGGCUAUGGAAAUCGUGGGAGCAAGCGACACCUGUGAGGCUAUAUCCUCUCUAGGAUCCUGGAACAACUCUUCCUUCGCCUCAAACAUCUCGGAACGUAGCUGCCGUCGACAUAUCAAGCCGCCAUCGGCACAUCAAGUUGCUUGAGCUCCUUGAACAUUGUCAAAAGGAGUUGUUUCCUCGCCCUUGGUCUGAGCUAUACUAGCUUAUUUACUCACCUCAACAUACUUGACUUCAUCUUCCUCCCGAGCCUUCAUUCCUAGUAGCCCAGCUCUUCGUUCCCAAAAGUCCAGAGAGAUGAUGCUCUCGCCUUUCCUCGUCCCCAUCCUCCUCGGCAUUCCCUCUGCCCUGGCAUCACCCUCACCCUGUACUGCCGCAACAAUCCAAUGUCCCCUCGUCUUCGACGGCCGCGUCCCCGCCACAGCGACACCUCAGGACUUUGAUACGGCCCUCGGCGGGGGAUGGAAUCCGUAUAAUCCAGACUACGUAAAGGGCGCGAACUUGUCUUGGUCGGACAUCAUCCUCCUGCCGGAGUCUGCUCCGGUCUCCACUCGACCCGGGUCACGGUCCUCCCGCUUCGAUGCCGCGGAAAAGAGGCGUGCGAUUGAAGUCACAAUGUCCGAUGCGAGCAUUUUCAUGAACCAGCGAGGGUUCCGGCGCGCGGGGUUGUUGUUUGCGGGGGAUACGAAUGAGGGGAGUGCUACGGGGGAGGGAGUGAAGACGUUGCAUUUUAGUGUGAGGUUGGAUUUGGAGAGGCCUUUGAAUUUGACGCAUGAGUAUCUUAAUGUCUGGCACGAGACGGCGGCGUACGAUGCGAAUCAGCUCAAUUUCCAGACUGGCACCAUCAUCGGCCAGCCGGGUUUGCCAAAAGAUACGUUCAAGUUAUUGGAUCGAGAUAAUAAGCUUCUCUGGUCGGCGCUGAUGGCGAUGGACGGGUCGUGGCAGAACUUUGCGCUCACGUUGGACUUUUCGAACAAUACAAUCCAGCUAUGGUACUCUGCGGGCGACAACCCGCUCGCGAGGCAGGGCAGUGUCGUUUCGGUUAAUCUCGCCGGCGACGGGCAGUACCAGAUUGGCAUCUUGAAGAAGCCGACGGGUACCGAUGACGUGGUGAACUCCGGGUAUGAAUCGAGCAACCUGAAUGAGGGUCUGGUUUACGGUGGGAUAUUCAUUGAAGAUAGCGCCUAUGGUUGUGUGUCUAUCUAAGAGGCUGCUCAUCUUUACUUCUCUCGUAGUGAGCCCAUCUCUAUACUCCCCAAGUCUAGAGAUUCCCUUCUAAAUCUACAUCUCCCAAUCUAUAGCCACCAUCUCUAUAUCGCACUUCGUAAACGGACCUCUAAGA